ACCAUAAUACUCUAUUUAGUAUUCAGUAUUCGUUAAUCGUUCAUCUCGAAAAACAAAUAUUAAUUUGAUUCAUUUAAAUUUCAAAUAUUUUUUUUAUUUGUGAGUAGUGCAUACUGCUUUGAAUAUGGAUCACAGAUAAUAAUAUUAUUGUAUACAAAAUAUUUAUUGACGAUUUGAAUUAUAAAUUCUUAUAAUACCUAUAUAGAAAUAAAGUUACUUUGAAGCGACGAAUUUGUUUCCAAUAUGGUGGCCAGAGGAGGCAAAACGAGGUUUAUUGGAUUCAUUUGCAUGGUUUUGGUCUUGUCAGCCGUACUGUACAUAUUUCAUGAAACACAAGUAGAAUUAAUUGAUGUUCGUCAUUCAGCUUCCUCGUGUACACAUCAGUUAGAGUCAAUAUCAUCUCAAUUACAAGUUAUCGUUGAACAUAAGCUUAAAUUGGAGAGGUCAUUAGAAGAAGAAAAACAUGAACAUCUAAAAACCAAAGAGGAACUUAAUGCUGCAAUUCAAGAUGAGAAACAGUUACGUGAUAAACAAAAUGUUGACUCUAUGAAUCGAUAUAAUGAGAUAGAACGAAAUCAUGAAGUAUUACAGGAAGAAGAAAAAAAUUUAAGAGAAGCAUUGGAAAAAUUGAAAUUAAAAUACUUAGAAGAAAAAAAUAAAAAUAAACAACUUACUCAAAAAUUGAAUGAUGCACAAGACAAAAUACUAAAUUUGAAGAAUGAAAAAGUUAAAUUAAAGAGUGGAAAAGAAAACUUAGAAAAUGACCUAAAUAAUAACUUGCAAAAAUCAAAUGAAUUUUCAAAUAUAAAAUUUAUUCAGAAAUCAAAUGAUAUUAUGAAUGUUACCAAAUUAAAAAGUGGUUCUGUAACUCCGGCCAUUAAUCCACAAGCAAUUGAUGGAGCUACUGCUAAAAGUUCAACACCAAUGAUAAGUUCAAUAGUUAUUUCUACAAACAAAUCAUUAUCAAUUGAAAACGAUGAAGCCAAUCCAAUUAAUCAGCCUAUUAUUAUAGACAUCAGUUCUAAUAAAGUACCCAAUAAUGCUUUGACCUCACAAAAUGAAUCUGUUUCAACUCAAGAAUCUCAAGUUGGUGGAAAUGAAUCCAUGAAAGUUAUGCCUGCUCCACCUCAAGAAGAGACUGUUAAAAAAGAUCCAUUAAAUAAUAAUGAAGAAGAAAAAUUAUCAAAACAAAAAAAUAAUUCCUAUAAAUAUGAAUACGAACAAGAACAUUUCAAAGAAGAUGGUGAGAUUGACAAAGAUGAUGAAGAUUUGAAUGAUUUUGAUGCACGAGAAGAUGCACAUCAAAAUGCAAAUAAAUAAUUUUAUUGAUAUUUAUAAUUUAAAGUAGGUACCUUUAUAACUGGGAUGGACAACUUAAAGUUAUUAAAAGACUAAUUUUAAAAAUUUAAAAAUUUAAAUUAAAGGUCUAGAGAGUAUAUAAAUCAAAAA